CUAUGUCUACAUUAACAAUUUGAAUCUCUUUGGCACACAUUGCAUUGUGUGAUAAAAAUUUAUAAAUUAGUGUACAAAAUGGUAGCAUCGAGAGCGGUCGUCUUUUGUACGCUAGCGAGCCUCGUCUGCGGUGAAAUCCGCAAGUUCCCUCCCGGCUUCAAAUGGGGCGCCGCUACAUCUUCUUAUCAAAUAGAAGGUGGAUGGAACGUAAGCGAUAAAGGUGAGAACAUCUGGGAUAGAUUUGUACAUGAUAAUCCUGACGCGAUUACUGACGGCAGCAAUGGGGACGUUGCUUGCGACUCCUACCACAACUGGCAGGAAGAUGUCAGGAUUUCUGCGGAACUGGGAUUGGAUUUCUACAGAUUCUCGAUGUCAUGGCCAAGACUUUUACCAACGGGUACGAGUGAAAGAAUAAGUGAAGAUGGCAAAGCUUAUUACAACAAUCUUAUCAACGGACUGUUAGAGAAAGGCAUACAGCCUGUCGUCACUCUAUACCAUUGGGACUUGCCACAGAGAUUGCAAGAUUUGGGUGGCUGGGCUAAUCCGUACAUAGUGGACUGGUUUGCGGACUACGCGAGAAUAGCGUAUAAACUAUUCGGUGAUCGUGUGAAGACCUGGGUGACGAUAAAUGAACCAAUUGUUGUAUGUGAUGUUGCUUAUAAUACUGGGCAGUUCGCCCCCGGUAUCAAGGAUCCGGAGUUUGCGAGUUAUUUAUGCAAUAAGAAUAUUUUAUUAGCUCAUGCUAAAGCUUGGAGAAUAUAUGAUGAAGAGUUCAAGCCUAAAUAUCAUGGCAAAGCUGGGAUUACAAACCAGUUGUUCUGGAUAGAGGGCGCUUCCAAUGAAUAUGAUGAUUUGGCAGAACUAGUAAGGCAAUACAUGGCGGGUAUGUACUCCCACGCUAUCUAUACAAAAGAGGGUGGAUGGCCACCACAGAUAGAAAAACUAAUCGCAGAAAAGAGUAAGAAAGAAGGUCACCAACGUUCUAGACUUCCUCCAUUCACUAAAGAUGAAAUUGAAUUUAUUAAAGGUACAUACGAUUUCUACGGUUUUAACUACUAUACGUCACGUCAAGUCCGUAAGUCCAGACCCGGGGAUGUGAUAGGAUCUUGGCCUCUUGGCUCUGGAGCUGUGGAACUGGACGCAGCUUUCGAAAUACAUCCUACUUGGAAGAAAACUGAUACAUUUUGGUUCUGGAUUAAUGCGCCCGGUUUUAGGAAUAUGAUGAAAUGGAUAAAGAAUAAUUACGGCGAUAUUGAAAUACUCGUAACAGAAAAUGGACUUGCAAUAGGACAAGUUGGUCUGAAUGACGUCGACAGAGUUAAAUAUUAUAGAGAUCAUUUAGAACAGAUGUGGCUGACGAUCAACGAGGACGGUGUAAACGUGACUGGAUACACCGCGUGGUCGCUGAUGGAUAACUUUGAGUGGACAGACGGAUAUAUUACAAAAUUCGGUCUGUAUGAAGUAGACUUCACGGAUCCAAAGCGACCGCGGACUCCGCGAGCUUCCGCCAAAUAUUACAAAGAUGUAAUACGUAGUCAUUCGUAUGAUGUAUCUGAUAAAUAUAUGAAAGAAGAACUUUAAA